AUGGCGGCGGUGGCGGCACUGUGGCGGAGGGCGGUGGAGAUCGUGAAGACCAAGGAGUUCCGGGAUUACGUGACCAGCACGCACUUCUGGGGUCCAGUGGCCAACUGGGGCCUCCCGCUGGCCGCCUUCAAGGACAUGAGGGCGCCGCCGGACAUCAUCAGCGGCCGCAUGACGACGGCGCUCAUCUUCUACUCGAUGGCCUUCAUGCGCUUCGCCUACCUCGUACAGCCUCGCAACUUGCUGCUGAUGGCGUGUCACGGCACCAACGUGGUGGCGCAGAGUAUGCAGGGGGGCCGCUAUCUGAUCUACCACUACGGCGGCGCCACGGCGGCCACAGCCGCUGCUGCCUCUGUCGCCUCUCCCGGCUCUACCGCCGCUACCCCCGCUACCCCCGCUACCCCCGCUACCACCCCGGCAGCUGAAGACCCUGUGACUGACGGCGACUGCCUGGAGGUCACCGACUACGAUCCGCUGACCCCAAAACAUGAUUGA